UCUCUCUCUCUCUCUCACUUUUUGCCUCCCCAAAGCCUACCAUUUUUACUAUCUCCAAAAAUCUUCCCAACAUAUUUAAAUCACCUUUACCUUUUCACCUUUUGUUUUUCCAAAUUCUAAUUUAUUUCCAUCUCUAAUUUCCUUUGCAGAUGUUAUAAAGUAUAAACACAUGGGACUCCAUUACAAACCGACCUCUAAAAAUUCCAUCCUUUUCAGUUCAUCCCUUCAUAUAUUCUGCAUUCUCUCUCGUUCUGCUACGAUUCAUCGUAUUUUUUCGUGAUUAUUGCGAUCCUGUGGUUUGUUUAGCUACGUACGACAGUCAGACGUUGAUGGGCUCAUCCAAUUCAUUGUUCAUCUGAACUGUCGGAUCGGCAAUCUGAUAAGGAUUUGGCUUUACUGAAGAAAUUAUUUCUAGACAAAUCAGUCAGCUAUGGGGCAUAGAAACUUACUUACCGCGCCUCAGAUUCGUGAAACCGACAGUGAACAGGAAUGGAAUCACCCAAACCAAUCUUACAUGCCAACAACAAUAGUCGGAGCUUCCGGAAGCAAUCCUCUCGUUCAUCAUCCUACAGUGAAUAUCCAAGGCGGACCAUUUCCUUCCUCUGCUUCAACGUCAUCAAACAGACACCAAUGGCCUGUUUUUAAUGCUGACUUAUCACAUAAUAGAAAUUCUGGUUUGGUCCCAAAUAAUAAUCUUAUUGGCCAAACCGCCCCUCGAGCAGAUGAAGAAGGCCUUCACAAUCAGACUGUGGGCCGAUUUCCUCAGAAGCGGAAAAACCCUCACGGCCCACAAAUAAGUGAGAUUGGGCCUGUGGCGGUGGGGCCCACUAGCAGCAGCAGAUAUUAUGAUGUCGGUAGUUCGUCCAAUUUGCACUUGCCAGCUGGACCGCCAUCUCAGCAAAAGCAAAAUACAUCAUCAUCAUCUUAUCCCACGGUUUGGAAGUAUCCGAAUAGUAGUAGCCUUCCCAUCGGCAGCGAAAGUACAACGAGAAAUGUGAGAAGUAGAGUCAAUAAUGUUGACCAUGAAUCUAAUAAUCUGGACAGCACUCGUUCGUCGGGUAACUUUCCGAAUUUUUCUUUUUCUAGUCAAUCUUCUGGUCAAACUAACUCAACGGGAUUUUCAAGAGCUAGUCAUGGUACGAGUUUAUUCGGUCAGAAUACUUUGGGCCCAAAUAAUGGGACCUUGAAUAGGAAUACUAUUCCUCGAAUUUCCAGUUCUAACGCGAACCAAUCUUUCGGAGGAGUUCAAAGUGGUUUUUCCCAAAGAGCCAUCCCAACUUCCGGGUCUUCGUCGAGCAGCCAAGCAAUGCAGCAGCUAAUGGCUCGAAAUGAAGGGCCACCAAUUAAUGCAGAAAGUAAUGCCGAGAGAUAUCAACGUUUUUUGUCUGCUAUAAGAUUGAUUAGCGGUGAUAGGGAGGGCCGAUUAGUCGUGAACCGUUCUGCAAUUUAUGGAUCAAAUAAUCCCUUUGAUCAACACAGGGACAUGAGACUCGAUGUCGAUAACAUGAGCUAUGAGGAGCUACUUCUACUUGGAGAGAGGAUUGGAAGUGUAAACACUGGUUUGUCUAAUGAUCUGAUUUCGAAAUGUUUGACCGAGUCAAUAUUAUGUUCGUCCGAGCAAGCUGAAGACGAUGGAAGAUGUGUUAUUUGUCUGGAGGAAUACAAAAACAUGGAUGACUUGGGAAUUUUGACAUGUGGCCAUGAUUUUCAUGUGGGCUGUAUUAGAAAAUGGCUGUCAAUGAAGAAUUUGUGUCCAAUCUGCAAGAAAUCUGCAAGCAAGGAGAAGUGACAACAAUCUUACUACCUAAUAUUAUUUUUUUAAAAUUUUUUGCGGGUCGACAUUAGUGCGUAAAAUUACGCCAUCUUAUUAACGAUUGUCGCGAUUAUUGGACAGGCUAUUUAAGAUGGAUUCGAUUUUAUUAUUAUUAUCAUUUUUUCAUUUUUUAGGACCAACUUAUGAGCUACAUUAUUAUUAUGUCCUUUAAUGUUCAGAUGGUUUGAUGAUUAUUCAUAUCAUUGUGGAUAUAUCCAAAUGAGUGCAAAACUUACA